AUGGACCCUUCAAACAAGACAUCAUUAUCUGACUUCAUACUCACCGGACUCACGGACGUGCCGUGGCUUCAGAAGCUCCUCUUUAUUUUUGUUCUCUUCUUCUACCAGCUCGGUAUUAUGGGCAAUGUCAUCAUCAUCAUUUUGGCCAUUAGAGAUCCAUCCCUUCAUUCCCCAAUGUAUUUCUUCUUGGCUAAUCUUUCCUUUCUGGAUAUCUGCUUUUCUUCUGUGACAGUCCCUAAAAUGAUGGUUGGGUUCUUCUGGAUACAGAAUGUGAUCUCUAUAAAAGCCUGUAUUGUUCAGAUGUAUUUCUUUCACGCUUUGGGUUUUUCAGAAGGAGUCCUACUUUCUGCCAUGGGUUAUGAUCGAUAUGUUGCUAUAUGCCAUCCUCUCCGUUACAGAAUCAUUAUGAGAAAAUCCAUUUGCUUCUACAUUAUUUUUAUAUCAUGGGCUGCCGGUCUCACAACGUCAUUAGUGAACGCGCUGAUGACAUCACGGCUGCCAUUUUGUAAUGCUAACAGGGUUCGUCACUUCUGCUGUGACGUAAAGCCAGUAAUAAAGUUAGCUUGUAAAGAUAUCCGUGUCAAUCAAAUGACUGUUACAUACUUCAGUGGAUUCAUUUGCACGGGCACCUUUAUUCUGACCGUACUAUCCUAUUUCUACAUCAUCAGUCACCUUGUCACUCGUCACAGAUCCAAAGCUUUCUCAACCUGUUCUGCACACUUGACUGUUGUCCUGCUGUUCUAUGGGACAGCCAUGUGUACUUAUCUUGGGCCUGACUCUGAAGCUUCUAUCGAAAGUGACAGGAUUGCAGCUAUUUUGUUUGCUUUAAUCACCCCAUCUUUAAAUCCUGUUAUUUAUACCUUGAGGAACAAAGACGUUCAAAAAUCACUGAGAAACAUGUUUUCAAGCUCAAAAUAUUAA